GGCGUCGCUCUUCUUUAACGUCACGUCUAUUCUUGUGUAAAGACCUCGUGAAAAUGGCAGACACAAAGCUCUAUGACAUUUUAGGCGUGAAUAAGAAUUCUUCUGAGGGAGAAAUAAAGAAGGCCUACUACAAGUUGGCAAAAGAAUAUCAUCCGGACAAGAACCCAGAAGCAGGAGAAAAGUUUAAGGAAAUAAGUUUUGCCUAUGAGGUUUUAUCCAAUCCGGAGAAGAAGGAGACUUAUGACAGAUUUGGUCUUCAAGGCCUGAAAGAAGGGGGUGGGGGAUCAGGAGGUUUUCCUGGAGACAUUUUUGGUGACCUCUUUGGUGGUAUUUUUGGGGGCGGGGGAGGGCCAUUUGGGAUGGGGGGAAUGGGCGGUCGGAGAGGUAGACGUAGAGGAGAGGAUACCCAUCACCCACUCAGAGUGUCUUUAGAGGACCUUUAUAAUGGGAAAACAGCCAAGUUACAACUAAGUAAAACAAUUAUCUGUUCCAAAUGUAAAGGUGCUGGUGGUAAACCAGGAGCCAUGCAGAAAUGUAGGACAUGUAAUGGGCGCGGUCUGAAGAUAACGAUGCGACAGUUAGGACCAGGGAUGGUGCAACAAAUGCAGUCAGUGUGUCCAGACUGUCAUGGAGAAGGUGAAAUCAUUAAUGAGAAGGAUAGGUGUAAAGAAUGUAAGGGGAAAAAAGUUACAAAUGAAACCAAGAUAUUGGAAGUCCAUGUGGACAAAGGAAUGAAAGAUGGCCAAAGAAUCACCUUUAGAGGGGAGGGAGAUCAGCUGCCGGACAUAGAACCAGGGGAUGUGAUCAUUAUCCUGCAACAGAAGGAGCAUGAACUGUUUACACGCAAUGACAAUGACUUAUACUGUACAAACAACCUCUCUCUGACAGAGGCUUUGUGUGGUUUCCAGUUCACGUUAAAGCAUCUAGACGGCAGAGAUCUAGUGAUAAAUAGUCCGCCAGGAGUAGUCGUUAGUCCAGGGUCAGUACGAUGUGUUGUGGGGGAGGGAAUGCCAUUUUACAGGAAUCCCUUUGAGAAAGGAAAUCUCUUGGUUAGAUUUGACAUCACAUUUCCACCAGAGAACUUUGCCCCUCCUGAAGACCUACAGAAACUAGAGAAACUGCUCCCACCAAGACCAAAAAUAGAAAUUCCAACAGGUGAAGAUGUUGAGGAAGUGGAUCUAGUGGAGUUUGAUGAAUCACGGAGUCAAGGAGCCCGGCGGGAAGCUUACGACGACGAUGAUGACGACGACCAUCCUGGUCAUGGACCCAGAGUGCAAUGUGCACAUCAAUAACGACGGGAUGUUUUAGGACAACUUUUUAAUUUUCUGUUCAAGGGGGAUCGUUUUAUUGUUUUUUUCGAACAGUUUUUCGUUUUCAGAAAAGAUUUUGAUUUUAAAUUAGGAGGGGUUAAGAACACUGAAAAUGCAUUUUAUCAGAAAAAGGAAAUAUCAUUAGCCCUUAAUGCAGAUAAAAUUUCAAAUGUUUCUAAAUGUCUCCUUUUCAUUGUAAAGGCUGAUUUACCUCCCCUUUUGCUGAGCUUUCCAUUGUACUAUAGUUGUUGUAUUGAAUUUUGUGAGCAUUUUUUUAUUAUCAUAGACAUUCUUUAAAAUCAGAUAUUGAAUGUUUCAUUAUCAUAAUAUACUGACAAUAUACAAGUUGCCCAGUCUUAUUGUACAAUAAAUUCAGACCAAUAAUGGAAUUCAUUGGCCAUCUGCAGACUGAACAAUUUGCAUACAUCUAUAGCAGCUCCUUCAAAAGACAUUUGUACAAUUUUACCAUUAUAUGGUGCCUAAUAAACAGCAGUAUGAAGUGAAAUUGAAGUGAAGUUGCCUAUUUACACUUGUAUUUAUUACCAAAC